CUUCGCCUAUAGGGGUGGCAGGCAAAUCCCCGCGUACGGAGGGUACUGAGGCAGGGGCUGUUGGGCCAAGUGCGCGGGCUGCCGUCCACGCCAUCCCCUCCCCUCCAAAGCCAUGGCUUCCAAACUCCUGCGCGCGGUUAUCCUCGGGCCGCCAGGCUCGGGUAAGGGCACCGUAUGCCAGAGGAUCGCCCAGAACUUUGGCCUCCAGCAUCUCUCCAGCGGCCACUUCUUGCGGGAGAACCUCAAGGCCAGCACGGAAGUUGGCGACACAGCAAAGCAGUACCUAGAAAAAGGUCUUUUGGUUCCAGAUCAUGUGAUCACACGCCUCAUGGUGUCAGAAUUGGAGACCCGGAGCACCGAACACUGGCUGUUAGACGGGUUCCCGAGGACGUUAGUACAGGCAGAAGCCUUGGACAGAAUCUGUGAUGUGGACCUAGUGAUUAGUCUGAAUAUCCCUUUUGAGACACUUAAAGAUCGUCUGAGCCGAAGAUGGAUUCACCCUUCUAGCGGGAGAGUCUAUAACUUGGACUUCAACCCUCCACAAGUGCUGGGGGUUGAUGACAUCACUGGUGAGCCACUUGUUCAACAAGAAGAUGAUAAACCCGAAGCAGUUGCUGCCAAACUACGACGGUACAAGGAUGCAGCAAAACCCGUCAUCGAACUGUACAAGAGCCGCGGAGUGCUCCACCAGUUCUCCGGGACGGAGACGAACAAAAUAUGGCCCUACGUUUACACACUUUUCUCAAACAAGAUUGCACCUAUUCAGUCCAAAGAAGCAAACUGAGCCUGCCCUUGAAGAGCCAAGAAGACGUGGUCGUUCUCUCAAUCAUGCGUGUAGUCCUGGUGCCCUGGCCAAAUUAGAAGCUAGCUGAGAUAGCUUGCAGCAUCUUCUCUAGUUUAAGUGAAUGAAGUAAUGAGGAAAACUAGUGGGUAGAAAGCAUCCAUGAAGAAACCCUCCUCCUGCCUUCGAAAAGAACGCAGAGCGCUGCAGGGGCAGAAGCCCAGACUGGAUUUCCACCAGUGUGGAGCCCAUACUCUAGAUGGGUUGCAGUCAUGUGCUGCUAUCGAAAUCUUCUUGCACGUGAUGGUGGUGGAAUCUCUGAUUUCGUGCCACCUUCCACAGGCUACUGAACCACAGCACUGCCAGCCUGAGAACUUGGAGAGCUGUGGUCCUGGCUUGUCCUCUGCCAUACCCUCCUUGAUGAUAAUUGAAUUGAUGCUAAUUGCGCUCUCAGCCACUGCUUCUCCACGGCGACUGUUCCACCCUCUGAUCUCAGACAUCCUAGUUUCUGCUGACGUGUCCUGUCUCAUCUGCUCGCUCUCCUCAUAAGCUGUUCGGUAACACGAUAGUCUCUGCCUUUAUCCCUCUAACCUCCUCUCUCUACAGACUGAGAACCAGGGGAACUGAGCCAGGCAGAGAGCUCACUUUGUGAAACGGCUGCUCUGACUGUCUUGAACCCACUCUGUACCUUCUGUUGUUUAAAAACGAUUCCCUAAAGUUUUUGGGACUUCUCAAAGAAAAAAAAAAACAAGGGAAAUGUUCACUUAAGGAAAUGUGGGAUGAUCGUCUCUUCUGCAUAGAAGUAGUGAUCAUGUGGAAAUCACUGGACUAAUGAGAUGGUUUCGACUUCUUUAUUCAAAGCAAGGUGAAUAUUGAACGUGCUGCUAAAUAUUAAUGCUGACAAUGUUUUUUGUGAGUGAUCCAAGCAGAUGGCAAGAAGUCGGUAAAGGGAGCGAGCCUGUGGGCUUAGAGCGUCUUGCACUAGCUGUACAUUGCACCUGCUUUACCGCUGUGGGGACGCAGAAUCUUUGUUUUCUUCCUAUUCCAAAGAUGCAGUCUAUAGGUGGCCACAAAGGCUAAUAUUUUGUCAAUCAUCAUGUCAAUAAAACUUUUGUUAAAAGACUUCCCUGGUGUCCAGACUUGUUGGCCACCUUGUAUAAUUCUUACUCUUCUCUGGGAAGAGAGGUGACAUUUCUUCUUGCUGCCUUAAGGUGCCCUGCACCUGCCUGUCCCCCAGGGAGUCUCCUUUCUUACUGUGGGGGCAGGGUGUGGGGUGGGCGUAGCACUUUAGUGGUGUUGACACAUUGCAUUUGGAAGGUGUCUGUGGAUCUGCGGUCUGUUCUGUGUGGUGAUGAGAGGCUGUCUUCCUUACUGUACUGCCUGGACUCUGUGGCUCCUCUCAGUGUCCUCCCCUGUGCAUGUUCUUCAGCUGCCUUAAAGGCAGUGCAGAGCAGCAUCCCUCCGCAUGCUCUCAGUGGAGACGCCUGGCUCAGGCCUGUGACCACGUGGGCACUGUCAUGUUGAUGCCGACUACUUUGGAAGCUUGCAUUUGGAUGUCACUUGGUAGGGGUCAGGAGAGACAUAAAAGUCCAGGGGAGGCAGGCCAGGCAUGGGAAACUGCUGUCUAGAGGAGGAUCAACCUGAGAUUAUUUCCAUAAAUCAAGGGAAGUAGAAACUUAAAGGAAUUUGGGGUAACUGGGGGGGGGGAUAACUUCCAACUUAUUUCUUCACCUCUUUUAAAGAUUGAGGUGUGACCAGGUCGCUGCCUGCACACUCUGUUUUUCCAUCUUUUUCUGUUUGCAUUUCAAGCUCAGUAGUCUAUGGUAGCUAGGCACUGGGGCACUAGGGGUCAGGAGUGUCUGUCUGCUGCUGGUGAGACCAGGAAGAGGCAAAAAUGUCUUUUCCAAGGUCUUUGCUGAUUUUCACGUUCAUUGGCCAAAAAAAGGACAUCUGGUUUUCCACACCAGACUUGCCUGUUCUUUUUUUAAAAUGACUUUGUCAAAAGAGCGUUAAUGCCGAAAAUUCCUUGACAGGUAGAAUGAAAGAAGCAUCUUGUCCUUCCCUUCCAUGCCUUCCUGUCCCUCAGAUGGAAGCCAAGAGUCUGGGUGGUUUCUGAGAUUCCACACUGACCUUAAUUCACAGGCUCCAUCCAGUUCUUUGUUCAGUUUGCCUCCCACCACCCUUUUGCUUUUUCCUCUAGUAUUAUGACAAAAAGGUGCCACGAAGGAGGCCUUCUGAGUGGAUUGUGUGCUCUCAGGACCACCAUAAACAUCUUGAUGACUCUUCCCAGCAUCCCAUAAGGUAGACACAACCAAUUCUUCCUAUGAACAAGGAGUCCAGUUUAGGAAGUCUUGCCCAGGCUCUUGAUACAAGUGAACAGUACAGCUAUGACCCACUCCCAGGUUUUCCUGCUUCAGAAACCACAGGCUUUUAUUGGAUGUUAGCUGUCUGUCUCGCUCUAAGCAAACCCCCCCCCUCCCCACUUCUGCUUGUGGGCUCAGAAAGAGUGGGACAUCAUUGGAGUGGCUUAGGCAAAGGAACUUGCCAGAAGAGUCCUCUAAUUACAAGACUGGGUUUGGACCCAGGCUGACUGGCCUCAAUUCAGGUAUCAGAAGCCAUGCAUCCCAUAUGAAGAAAACCUGCCAUCUGUUAAAACCUUACAUGCUAUUCCUUAUUUUUGGUGUGGUAAACUGCACAGUUCUUGGCAGAAUAAAUGUCAUCACCUGUGCCUAGGCACGUUACGGUUUGGCCAUUCUGUAUGUAGUUGAGUGCGAAGGAGACAGGCUAUGCUAUUGGCCCAGAUAGCAUUCAUACAGACUGUAUCUCUAGUGACAGAAAACAGGAAGCACACAUGUCUUGCAAUAAAAGAUCCUUGUUUCGAACUUUUGAAAGGGUCAUUAUCUCUCUGGGAUUAGAGAGAAGGGAGAAAAAUUUUGUCUUUGUGGAAACUGCAAGCGAUGUUAGGGCUUAAGGCUUUUCUAGUUUUAUGAGAAUUUGUACUACUGAAUUGUUUUUGAGGGGGACAGAUCUCUGGGGGAAUAUGUUGCGCUAUGAUGGCAUUUCACUGUGAUCUCCCAAAGUUCAAGGUAAUCUUCUAACCCAGUGCCUCCUGUCUUCAGUUCAGUGGCCUGUGAAAAAUGGCUUACGUUUUCCAGGAGCCGACAGGCCUGUUUUUCUUUAGUGUGACAGUUGGUGUUCCUGACUUUGGCAUAUAUACUUAAUUCAGAGUGUCUGAACGUGUUCUGUGUAUGCUAUCCUAACUUCAUUGUAUUAAUUGGCUUUUUUUGUUGUUGUUGUCUCACUUGAAGAUCGAUUUGUAUUCAAUUUGAUAGAAAUAAACGUUUUUCUGCUUGAUGCAAUCAGUUCAUUUAGUGUUUGUGGCUGUUUAUACACUAAAGUUUUCAGGAGUUUGCCCUUGGUUGUUUACGUUCGUGAUGGCUUUUCCGUUAGCCACAGUUGACACCUACUGUGUAAACGAGUCAAACAGUGAAUGUAACCUAAACCAAGUAGUGGUGGCAAGCUAUGCUUCUUGUCCUGUUCGCUUUCCUGCUGUUGGCUUGUUAAUGUUCCCUCAUGUUCCUUGUUUGCCCUGCCCUUUACUCGUUAGUUUUGUUUUUACAGAAGCUGGAGCCAGAGCCCUUUGUAAUGUUGCCUGGGGAGCUUGGGCCAUGAAAAAAGUACCUACUGGCUUUUCGCAACCCUGGUAUGGCCUUCUCCUCUGGGGGGCCUUCCAGUAGCUGAAACCAGCUGGAACAAGUUCUAAACCUAUGCAUGUCCUUAGGAAGGGCAGAGGAAGGCCAUCUGGAUGGAAUGGCUAUGUGGCAGGUUGUCAGAUGGCUGAGACACCCACGCUCCCUCAUUGGUGGAGGAGUUCACAGCCCUUCUCUCUGGGCUUCUUCAUACUUGAACACUUGCCUCGCUGAUGUCACUGAAGUAAGGGUAGACAAAUUGUGCCACUUCAGAGCUGACAAUGGAAGAGUCAGAAAUCUUAAUGAGGUGAACAAUGCCUUGGGACUCUUAAAAGGGAAAACUCAGAGCAAAGAUGCACCCCUUCCA